AUGGCCGACGCCGCCGACCUCUCCAGCAGCCACCAAAGCAAGCGCCAGGCAGCUAUUCUGGACCGAUACCUCCCCGAGGGCUACUCGGCUGAGCCGGAACCACUCGCCUCCGACUCGGCCUCGUCCACUUGUGGCGUCACUCCCAACGAUGAUGCAUCCGCGGCUCCCGAGCCCCUCGAAUCAUCUCUCAAGCUGCAGGGCGGCGACAUCCACCGCGACAUGUUCAAGAUCAAGGCUCGAGCCAAUUCGCUCCGCCGUGCAGCCACCUUCUCCCACCAGCCGUCGCCCCGUCUCCAUCCGGCCGACGAACUGUCGUAUCCAGAACAACGGGAGCCCGGCGGCUUUAGGCGUCAGCAUCUUCUACGUCGGGCUCGGCAGCGGCGCCUGAGCGGGCCUCUGGUCGUGGCCAGGAACUUUGUCGAUUUUCUCGAUCUAUAUGGCAGCUUCGCUGGCGAAGACCUCGAGGAUGCCGACACGUCCGAAGACGAGUCGGCCAUCGAUGACCAGUCAGAAGACGAGGCUGCGGAGCGGCGUCCGCUGCUUGGUCGCCGCAAAAGUUCCAGACGUCUCGCACGAGGGGGCGAUGCCGGCACCGUCAAGACCUUUUUUACCCUGCUCAAGGCCUUCAUUGGAACUGGCAUCAUGUUUCUGCCCAAAGCAUUUCGCAACGGCGGCAUUCUCUUCUCUUCUCUGACCCUGAUUGUGGUUUCGCUUAUCAAUUGUCUAUGCUUUCGCUUACUCCUCGAUUGCCGCCAGAAGUACGGAGGGGGUUACGGAGACCUGGGUGCCGCCAUAGUGGGCCCGCGAUUCCGCAGUAUCAUCCUCGCAUCCAUCGCCCUCUCUCAGCUGGGAUUCGUCUGUGCCGGCCUCAUCUUUACAGCGGAGAAUCUGUUGGCCUUCGUCCAGGCCAUGAGCCACGACGGGCGUGGGUUCGACCUCGGAGUGCCCAGCCUCAUCGCCCUCCAGCUUGUGCCCCUCGUGCCCCUGGCCUUGAUCCGGAACAUCUCCAAGCUGGGCCCCGUGGCUCUGCUUGCAGACAUCUUUAUCCUCGUGGGGCUGGUUUACAUCUGGUACUUCGAUAUUUGGACGCUGGCCCGGAACGGUAUUGAGCCCAGCGUGCGCAUGUUCAACUCCUCGGCCUUUACCCUGACCAUUGGAUCGGCCAUUUUCACGUUCGAGGGCAUAGGCCUCAUUCUGCCCAUCCAGUCGAGCAUGAAGAAGCCGGAGCACUUCAGUGGACUCCUGUACAUUGUCAUGUUCCUCAUCACCGUCAUCUUCACGUCUGUCGGCGCGCUCUGCUAUGCCACCUUUGGGGAGAAGACCAAAAUCCAGGUCAUUUCCAAUUUCCCGCAAGACUCGGCUCUCGUUAAUGCAGUACAGCUGCUCUACUCUCUGGCGGUGCUUGGGGGCGAGCCUGUGCAACUAUUUCCUGCGGUGCGCAUCAUGGAGACGUCAUUGUUUGGGGAGCGCGCCACAGGCAAAAAGAGUACGGCUAUCAAGUGGAAGAAGAACGCCAUUAGGACGGCGGUCAUGGCUCUAUGCAUCGGCAUCAGCAUGGUCGGGGCCACGGACCUAGACAAGUUUGUGUCUUUGAUUGGGAGCUUUGCGUGCGUUCCGCUCGUGUACAUAUACCCGGCGUAUCUGCAUUACAAGGGCGCCGCGGACGCGGGCUGGAUCAAGGCACUGGACCUCGGUCUCAUGGUGCUGGGUAUCAUCGCGAUGGUCUACACCACGGCCGUGACAGUGUUUGACUGGAUAGCCUAG